CAGGAGCAGCGGAUUGGCUAGUGGGCGCUGAGAGUUCUUUGAGGCAAGCUUACAAAGCCAAGGCAGUGCACAGUGCUGCAUCGACACUGUGAUGCUGAAACAGCCAUCUGCUAACACGGUCGCUAUGCAAUCUCUGGGAUGGUUCUUCUCAAGAGACAGUCUCUAACAGACCCACUCUCAUAUUUACCCACUGUUGGAAUACAUCUGAAACUCUCCCAUGGAACCUGCCAACCAGCCAACUGUGUAACAGUGGACUCCAAUAACAGACUCCAAUAACAGGAGGGAAAUAUAAAGAUCUUUGAAAUCCAGAACAUCCACGAGGAUAAAACUGAAUCUUGGUGAGACCUCAAUUACUUUAAAGGACAAUCACACACAAGUCAAAUCCAAUAUUACGGCAAGAGGAGAAAGGAGAGCUCAAGUGACACGCUAAAUAAACAAAAGGAGGAAAAGGACAGGAGCAGAUGGACUUUUGCUACAAGCAGUUGUGAACAUUAGGGUUUGGAAAUUAAAGUUGACAAGGGAGGAGAACUGUGAUACGAGAGCUAGGCUGAGACUAAACAUUUGUGUUAGCAGGUUGAAAGAAGUCAAGGUUACUGUAAAACAUGUCUGACCAAGACAUUGAAGACUUUGAAGCAGACAAUAUGUCAGAUACCUCUCAGAUGAUCCCCAGCCUCCCACCCUAUAAUAUGGAAGAUCAGCUCCUGCCUAUGGAGUCUCGGAGCAGGUGGGGGUGCUGGAUGUGGACGCUGCUGGUUACCGGAGCUAACUUUGUGGCUUUCCUAGCUAACUUCAUCAUACUGUUUUUUAUAUUCACCAUUGUCCUGACACCCACUAUCGUUGUGGUUUACUUUGGGUUUCAAUGCCACUCCAGGGUCUUGCAUUCCGACGCCUCGUAUUGCAAAACCCUACUGGAUGACAACAGCUCCUCGGCUCUGAUAAUCCUGGGUUUCGUUAUGAUGUCUCCACUGAUCGUGUUGGCCAUGGCUGUAUACUGUGGCCUUGCCAGGAGACUGCGGCUCUUCAUGUGUUUUCAGCCAUACACGCGGGCUCUGUAUAAGGGGGUGCGAUGGAGAUGGUAUGAAGAGGGUGGAAUAUGUGGCUGUGCCAGAGAAUGGAAUAGCCAUGUCAAAGCAUGGGUAUAAAUGUCCCAAAGACUGAUGCCAAGUUAUUAUUUCUCUUUGCCCUUCUGGAAAGAUCCAUCCUUCGUUCUUAGUGCAUUAAAUAAACUCAGGUCUUCUGCAAAGCUUUCUGCUUAGUUACAAAGAACAGUUACCAGCUGUCAAAUCAGCUACUCCUUCCUUUAAUUUCAUUGUCCCCGUCAAAUGGAGGCGUAUUUACAAAGUGUAUUUCUUUUCUGGUAUCAGGACCCUGAUAAUGUCACCCAAAAAACUAUCCCAAAAGAACAGUAUGUCAGUAUGUAGAGUGCACUGGCAUUUUCUGCUUAUUAUUGAAGAGCUUGGCUCAUAGAUUUCUAUUGGUGUAUUGUAUUUUGUUCAUUGUGUACAGAACAUCACAACUGUGUUUCGGUGGCAGUAUCUUUCCAUUGUGUCAGUCAUUAGAUGUUGUAUUAGCUGCACUUCCAAGGCAUAUAUCCUGCAGUGCACACUGUAUGAAGUAGAUUUCUAUAGAUAUCAUCCACAGCAUGUAAAGCACUCUCCUCUACAAAGCACCGUACAUUUGCAUGUUAUUCAUGCCUAAUGCAUAGUCACAUCUGCUAAGGCAGCAGCAUUCUGGAAAAAGAGUGUCACAUUAUACUAUAAGAGCUGAGUGAUGUUGUGGCAUUGCUCUUAAAAUGCCCUAUAGGUGAGACUAUAAAUAAGAACCACAAUGUCUGUCUACAUUAUCUCUCUCUGUCUAUCUGUCUUGCCCUCUAUGGUAUAUUUCACAAAAUAUACCAUGAAUUUAUAUCCAGACGAAGAAUAAUAGAUGGCAUCUUAACAUGUCAUAAAGGUAUAUAGAUGUUUCAUACUUGUGUGUAAUUUGAUCUUAGCCAAGGGAUAUUAUUAUGAAACGAGUCUCAGUUUUCAGUUUCCUCUGAAUGUUGUACAGUAAAUGAUUUUUUUUUUACAUUCUUAAAUGUAAUACAUUUGCACUGUAUUAAGGAAAGAUUGGAAACAAUAAAGAUACCCUUAAUGCAAA